ACAGCUCGUGUUUUAUUUAGUUUAAAGUGUGUAAAUAUUGCGAUUAUCAAUUAAAAUGCUGCUGAAACAGUUGCCGCAGGCGGUUCAGCAAAUUCGCUGCAUUUCCUCGGCCACAACCGCGGUAACCAGACUGCAUCGCUCUGUUUACUGCCGGCUAUAUCCCACUGUCGUUGUUCAGCCCGAUGGAUCCACGAUAAACAUACGCUAUCACGAGCCGAGGAAGAUUAUCAAGCUUCCCUUGGAUCUGAGCACUUUAACCGACGCCGAGCGGAGAGCUCGUCUGGAGGCCCGAAAGCCGCGCAAGAAGGUCAAGAUCAUGGAGGAAGUGGAGGACAACUUCAAUGCCAAGAAGUACAUGAAGUACAUCAAGAAAAAGUAGUCGCAUUUAAUUGUUAAAUAAAACAUAAAAACUUGUUAUAUAA